UCCUCAUUGUGGCCCUCCUCUCCUUCGAGCUCGUCUGGGUUUCAGGGACCCGUUAUAGGAGUGAAUCAAGGUCUACGAGUGCGAGACAGAGGUACAACUUGUCGUUUUAGGCUGCUGUUUUUAGGCCGCACGCUGCGAACUUGACUUCAUAUAUAGAGACAUUUUCAGACAGAGGCAUUGUUCUCUCAGGGCGUCGACUGGCCAACAAGCGGAGCAUCCAUUCAUCCUUUCAUUGGCAGCUGAGGUUUUCCAGUCUCGCUAGCUAGCGUUAGCCAAGAGGCAGGGGGCACCCGUGUCGGAGAGAGCUUCAAAAUGUCGGGGUACCAAGGAAAGAAGAACAUCCCACGAAUUACAAGUGACCGCCUUCUGAUCAAAGGGGCGAAGAUAGUGAACGAUGAUCAGUCGUUUUUGGCUGAUAUCUACAUGGAAGAUGGAGUCAUCAAGCAAAUUGGAGACAACCUUAUUGUUCCUGGUGGAGUUAAAAUCAUUGAGGCUCAUGGAAGAAUGGUGAUGCCCGGGGGUAUUGACGUGCACACCCGAUUCCAGAUGCCUGACCGAGGCAUGGUGGCUGCGGAUGAUUUCUACCAGGGUACCAGGGCGGCCCUGGCUGGGGGGACAACCAUGAUCAUUGACCAUGUGGUGCCGGAGCCUGGCGUCAGCCUGGUUGCUCUCCUCAGUCGCUUCUUCCCACAGGGAUGCUUCCAGCAAAAAUGA